AUGGGUCUGGAGUCUGGAAUCCGCCACAUCGGCUCGGAAAUGAAGUUUCAUCUGCUGCUGGUCUGCGUCGCCAUAUCCCUGGGACCGCUGCCCCAGUCGGAGGCAGGGGUGACGGAGGAGCAGAUGUGGGCCGCCGGAAAGCUGAUUCGCGACGUUUGCCUGCCCAAGUAUCCCAAGGUCAGCGUGGAGGUGGCCGACAACAUCCACAACGGGGCUAUACCCAAUAGCAAGGACUCCAACUGCUACAUCAAUUGCAUCCUGGAGAUGAUGCAGGCGAUCAAGAAGGGAAAGUUCCAAGUGGAGUCGACCCUCAAGCAGAUGGACAUUAUGCUGCCGGACAGCUACAAGGAGGAUUACCGCAAGGGCAUCCACCUGUGUAAGGACUCCACCGUGGGCCUGAAGAACGCCCCCAACUGCGAUCCCGCCUACGCCCUGCUCAGCUGCCUGAAGAGCAACAUCAAGGUGUUCGUGUUUCCCUAGGCCUUGGAUGCCAUUGCGAUAUCGGAUGCGUCACACAUUGGCAUCUGGAACAGGUGACUCCGCAACUAAUAAAGUAUAUAUGUAACAUAUGUAUAUAUCUUGCCCGAAAUCCCAAACCCAAUCCACUGCACUGACCAGAUGAUCAAUAAAAGCUAGCCGGAGGGC